GUUCCAUCCUGACGACUGUAGCGCAUCACGUAUGCGCAGUUGACCAAGUGACUCAUCCCAAUACGGUGUUAUCUUCAUUUAGUGUGAGAUAAUCAUCUCUCUCGUUCUCCGUAAGAUAUAUUAACGUAUCAGCAUGAAGUCAUCAGGAUUAUUGUCGCAUAUAUGGUCAACUAAUCAUCUGUGAAUAACUCAAUUUGUUCCGAAUGUUUCCAUACGGGAUAAAAGUGAUAACAACGUUGAAUCAAAGAGAAAUUGGCAUUUUGCUAUCGAUCAAACGGCCUUAUUCUAUGUUCGGACCCAAGAAAAGGCUUCUGUUCAAGCAGGGACAAAACUUUCGAAGCGAGAGAUAUUUUGUAAGAUUCAUGCUUCGCCAAGCAUUGAAAUUACGAUAUUGGAUUGCAGCUGGUGUUUUUAGCGGUUCCGUUGCAGCUAGUAACCGAUAUGAAGAAUGGAAGAAAACUUUGCCACAGCUUUCUUUACCUGGAUGGGUCAAAAUGGAUGAAGAACGGAUGAAUGAAUACAGAAACUUUUAUUAUGAAGCAAAAUCGAAAUGGUUGGCCAAAGAACAAAUAUGGCUGAAGAAUUUACAAACGAAAAUGGCUGAUUUACAAAAUAUGUGGAAAUUAGAACCUAUUGAAGGUCGGACUUUGUUAUGCUAUACGGACAAUUCUCCAGAUGGAGUUCAAGAUCCGGAACCACAAAACGGUCAUUUCUUUUCUGGAUUAGAUUUCAUGGCGCAAAAUGAGGUUAAACAACAUUUCGCAGACGAUGAUGCACCCAAAACACUAUUUUCAUCUUUAUCGGAGGCGUUCAAAAGAAAGAGGAAUACGUCAGAACACGAAAAAGAUGAAUACGCAAAGAUGAAUGAAACGGAGAGGAUUCAAAAGCUGCAAGAAGAAAUGCUGAAAACUCAGAGUCAAUACCAGCGAGAACUCGAAAGAUUAGAGAAAGAAAAUAAAAAUUUGAGGCAGAGGUUAUUGCUGAAAGAUCAAGGUGCCUCACGCAGGCUGAAGAAAAUGAAGAAGUCUUUGAUCGACUUGUAUUCGGAAGCGCUCGAUCUGCUCACUGAAUAUGAUUCGUCGUACAAUACAGCUGAUAAUUUACCACGUGUGGUUGUCGUUGGGGAUCAAAGUGCUGGCAAAACAUCCGUCUUAGAAAUGAUAGCUCAGGCUCGUAUAUUUCCUCGUGGAUCAGGCGAAAUGAUGACAAGAGCUCCAGUAAAGGUAACCCUGAGCGAAGGACCAUAUCACAUUGCUUGCUUCAAAGACAGCAGUCGUGAAUUUGACCUAACAAAGGAAUCAGAGCUGAAGCAGCUGAGAAAUGAAAUCGAAAUAAGGAUGAGAAAUUCAGUUGCCAGCGGUAAAACGGUGUCAAAUGAAGUAAUUGCGUUGACGGUUAAGGGUCCAUCUCUUCCACGAAUGGUUUUGGUUGACUUACCGGGCGUUAUAUCAACGGUGACGGUUGAUAUGGCCAAAGAAACGAAGGAUGAUAUUGUUAAAAUGUGCAGAACAUAUAUGGAAAAUCCAAACGCUAUCAUCCUAUGCAUACAAGAUGGUUCCGUUGAUGCUGAACGUAGCAAUGUAACAGAUCUUGUGAGUGCUGUCGAUCCUGUCGGUGAAAGAACUAUUUUAGUGCUAACUAAGGUUGAUUUGGCAGAAAAGAAUUUCGCAAAUCCUGAUCGAAUAAAGAAAAUUUUGGAAGGCAAAUUGUUUCCCAUGAAAGCUCUAGGCUAUUAUGCCGUUGUCACAGGUAAAGGUUCGAGCACUGAAAGUAUUGAAUCCAUUGUAAAGUAUGAAGAAGAAUUCUUCGCAAGAUCCAAGCUUUUCAAAGAUGGUAUCCUAAAACACUCACAAGUGACAACUAGAAAUAUGUCUUUGGCUGUAUCAGAUUGCUUCUGGAGAAUGGUCAAGGAUUCAAUCGAAUCACAGGCUGAUGCAUUUCGUGCAGCACGUUUCAAUCUUGAAACUGAAUGGAAGAAUAAAUUUCCCAGAAUACGCGAAUUGGAUCGUGAUGAGCUGUUCGACAAAGCGAAAGGUGAAAUACUAGAUGAAAUAGUCAACCUAUCACUUGUACCAGCGGAACAAUGGGAGAAAUUUUUGAAAAAGAAACUGUGGGACGCAGUAUCAAGCCAUAUCUUUGAUCAGAUUUUAAUGCCUGCUUAUGCCGUUGAUAAUGCGGGUACUUUUAAUACAUUGGUAGAUAUCAAAAUGAAACACUGGGCUGAUAAAGAUUUGGCGAUUAAAUCUAUACAGACUGGAUGGGAAAUUCUGUCGGAACUGUUCAGAAAGCAAAUGGAAGAUACGAAAGUUCGCAAAAGUGAUGAUAGUGAGGUGUUUGAUCGGUUAAAACGUGCCGUCCUAGAAGCUGCAUUAAGUGAGCACCAGUGGGAUAGUAAGGCUGUGGAUUACUUGAGAGUUAUUCAACUAAACGCAAUGGAGGAUCGUGUUGUACCCGACCGUCGUUCAUGGGAUAACGCCAUCGAAUUUAUGACAUCUGCCAUACGGGAUCGUUUAACUGAGACUCGCAAACUGAUAGAUGAAUUGCAUGGUCCUUCAUUUUGGGCACGUUGGAUUUACUGGAAAACACCAACUGCUGAAAACAAUUUGGCUGGUGCUGUCCAGGAGGAAUUAAAGAACUUAUUAAUACAGAAUCCCAAUCAUCCUCAGUCAUUGUUGGACGAUGAUUUGACCAUUGUAAGAAGAAAUCUAGAAGCAAAGGGUUUGAAUGAAUUGAGCAACGAACUGAUUCGAAAACAAUGGAAAUUGAUAUAUCGGGAACACUUUCUGGAACGGCAAUAUCAGACAGCUGUGGAGUGUCAAGGUUUCUACCCACACUACAAACUUGGUUUCAAUGAUACAGAGGUGGAUUGUCAGGCAGUGGUACUCUUUUACAGAAUACAAAAGAUGAUCGAUUUAACGUGCAAUGCAUUACGACAACAAAUCACAAAUACGGAACAAAGAAGGUUGGAGAAAGAAAUUAAGGAUGUCUUAGAUGAAUGGGCUCAUGAUACAGACAAAAAAAAAGAAUAUUUAACUGGUAGACGUGUUGAGCUAGCCGAAGAAUUAAAGCAGGUUCGCCAUAUCCAGGAAAGGCUGGAGGAAUUUAUGGUGCAGUUGCAAGAGGAGAAAUCAUCUUAAAGAUUGUAUCUUACCACGCUGCUUAUAUGCUACAAGUUUGAUGUUUUGGUUUGUGCCAUAGUUUUUUAUAUUUGUAUUUCUCUUCUAAAUUUUGUGCAAGCAUACAGUUUGUAUAUAAAUGUUUGUUAAUAAAAUCUCAU